UUUUUUCUCUUAUCUGUUCAUCAAAAUCCCUCUUUCUUUUAUCACUGUUAUUAAUUAUAAUAUAUAAUAUAUUGGAAUUUGCCCAUACCAUCUGCGCAAUCCAAUCACUAUCUUAUUCAUCUUCAUCUAUAUCAUAUCAUAUAAUAAAAGAAGGAAAUAUAGUAUUAAUUUCAAUUUCUUCUUCUUUUUUUUUUUAUAUCAAAUGAAAAGGGAGUAUGUACUAGAAGAAAAAAAUAAAAAUAAAGAUAGUAACACAAACACUAUGUUUGGUAAAAUUCAUCAUCACCACCAAAAUCAAUCUCCUCAAUCUUUUCAACACCACCACCACCUUCACCAGCAGCAGCAGCAGCAGCACCACCACAAUUUUCAACAUCCACCGUUUCAGCUGACGCGAGAAUGCCAAACUUCGGAGGAAGCAGACAGUACUGCGAACAGAAACGAUACUUUAAACCCUCAACCGGUUAAUGCAGUAGCACCGCCGUCGCAGCAGCAGCAACCCGCCGGUAACGACGGUGCUACGAUUGAGGUUGUUCGCCGUCCCCGUGGCCGGCCGCCUGGUUCGAAAAACAAACCUAAACCACCUGUUAUCAUUACUCGCGAUGCGGAACCAUCUAUGAGUCCUUAUAUACUUGAAAUUCCGACUGGUGUUGAUAUAAUCAACUCUGUUACCAAAUUCUGUAGAAAACGGAAUAUGGGUCUUUGUGUUCUUAACGGUUCAGGUACUGUAACGAAUGUAACUCUCCGGCAACCAUCAACUACGCCGGUUUCGACGGUUACCUUUCAUGGCAGAUUCGAUAUAUUGUCGAUUUCUGCCACUGUUGUUCAGCCGAAUGCGAAUAUUCCAUCGAACAAUGGGAUAGCAAAUGGGUUCACAAUUUCAUUAGCAGGUCCACAAGGUCAAGUAGUAGGUGGUGGUGUAGUUGGGCCUCUAGUUACGGCCGGGACGGUUUACCUAAUCGCUGCAACUUUUAACGGUCCGUCUUUUCAUCGGUUACCGGCGGAGGAGGAAUUAGCAAGGAAUAAUUCUGGUGGUGGAAAUGAAGAUGGAUCGUCUCCGCAGCAGCAUGCGGAGGUUUCCGGUGGAGGAGAUGGUGGACAUCCACCGUCAACGACGGCGCCGGAAAGUUGUGGGAUGUCGAUGUACAGCUGUCAUUUGCCGUCGGAUGUGAUAUGGGCUCCUACUGCUAGACAACCACAACCACCGCCUUACUGAAAAUUCUUGGGAUCUGUGCUCUCUUAUGCUGUCAAAUUUUCUUCACUAAUCUGGGUUUUUGUAAUUUGGGACUUUUUUUUUUUUAGUUAUUUAUUUAGUUGACUUUAGUUUAUUUUUGUUAUCUUUUAUGUUAAUCAAAAAACAAAUGUACUGUGGAUUAGUCCUUUUUUUUUAAAAAAAAUUUGUUGUUUAUUUUAGUAGGGAAAGAGGAGAAUGUUUUGGUACUAAUUGAAGUAGUAUUAUUGUUGAAACACAUUAGCCAUGAGAUAUUUUAUUGAUUAC